AUGGCCUCCGGAGUGGGCGCGGCCUUCGAGGAGCUGCCGCACGACGGCACGUGUGACCAGUGUGAGCCCGACGAGGCGCCGGGCGCCGAGGAAGUGUGCCGGGAGUGCGGCUUCUGCUACUGCCGCCGCCACGCCGAGGGCCACCGGCUCCAGUUCCCCGGCCACCACCUGGCCCGGUACGUGCACGGCGCCGCCCCGGCCUGGGCCCCCCGAGGCCCCGGGGAAGGCCAUGGCGAUGAUGGCAAGGCCGCUGUGCAGGCCGAGGUGGAGCAGGAGAAGGAGGAGGGCGACCUAGAGAGCCAGGCCGGGGAGGAGAGCGAGUCCCAGGGGGACAGUGACUCCGAAGAAGAAGAAGAAGAGAGCGAGAUCUCGGAGGAAGAAAGCGAGGAGAGCGAGGAAGAGAGCGAAGACGACAGCGAGGAGGACAUGGAGGACGAGCAAGAGAGCGAGGCGGAGGAGGAGGAAGACAACCGUGACGACGGGGAAUCGGAGGCGGAUGGGGAAACCGAGGCAGAGAGUGAAUUUGACCCAGACAUCGAGAUGGAGGCAGAGAGAGUGGCCCAGAGGAGGUGUCCGGACCACGGGCUGGAUCUGAGCACCUACUGCCAAGAAGACAAGCAGCUCAUCUGCGUCCUGUGUCCCGUCAUCGGGGCCCACCAGGGCCACCAGCUCUCCACCCUGGACGAGGCCUUCGAAGAGCUCAGGAGCAAAGACUCUGGCGGAUUAAAGGCGGCUAUGAUAGAAUUGGUGGAAAGGUUAAAGUUCAAGAGCUCAGACCCUAAAGUAACGCGGGACCAGAUGAAGGCGUUUAUACAGCAGGAGUUUAAGAAAGUUCAGAAAGUGAUUGCUGAUGAGGAACAGAAGGCCCUUCAUCUAGUGGACAUCCAGGAAGCGAUGGCCACAGCUCAUGUGACUGAGAUUCUGGCAGACAUCCAAUCCCACAUGGACAGGUUGAUGACUCAGAUGGCCCAAGCCAAGGAACAACUCGAUACCUCUAACGAAGCAGCUGAGCCAAAGGCAGAGGGUGAAGAGGAUGGACUUAGUGGGGCCAGUGAUGAAGAGGACACAUGA